AAAAAAAAAAAAAAGUAUGCAUUGAUGCAGGAACAAGUGUGGAGGGUGUUAUAGGCAAUUCAACAAGAAAGAACAUUUCGUGGAACACAUGAGGACGUCUUACCAUUCGGUUCAUGAACCUACGUGUGGCAUUUGCAACAAACACUGCCGAUCUUUUGAUUCCCUCCGUGAACACCUCAUUGGUAUAUCUCCAACCUCUAUAUAUCUACUCUCUGACUCUCUAAUUUGGCUUUCUAAUUUCAUUUAAAAUCAUAUUGUAUGUAGGGCCAUUGCCGAAACAGGAAUGUAAGAACAUUUUCAGCAUCUGCGGCUGCAGAUUCUACCUUACGAACCUUGAAAGCCCCAACGCUCGUAGGAUCCAUCAGGAGAGAUGCCAAUUCUCAAACGUCAGUUAUGUAAUUAUACACAUAAGUUAAUAUUUUCAUAAAUGAAUUAACUACAGCAUAUUGCUAUAGGUCUCGAUUUCAGACACAAAACAAGCAUUUGUGCAUCUUUUUGUGUUAACAAGGGUGAUUGGAAUGAACUCUAGAUUUAUAUUUUUGGCUGUAGAAUUUAAGCUAUAGAUUUAUUUGAUGUAGAUUAUUUUGCUGUAUCUUUGUAAAGCAAUAUUUUUUCUUUGGAAAUAAAAUUCUAUACACCCAUAUUUUAAUUUUGUAGAACUAUUUUUGUUGUGAAUUUUUUAAGGAAAUGAAAACUCGAUUGGUUGACAUAUAUGGUUCUAGAGUAAAUUUUGGCUGUCUAGAGCAUCUACAGCCGCAUCCAACGUUUUCAUUUUGUGAUGAAAUAUUUUAUUUUGUAAAUAAUUUUGCAAAUGAUAACUUAAAUAAAAACACACUACUGUAUUAGAAAUAAAUGAAAUAAAACAGUAUAUUCUUUCUAUUUGUUGCUUGAUACUAAUAUCUAAGUAACAUUUCAGGGACUAACUACUCGUAUGGCGGUCUUAGGCCUAAGAGACAAUCCUACAAUCGAUUACACUUCUUCCAGGUCACCACGAGUGGUCGCACUCUCAUGCAAGAUGGUUGGAGGAGGGAGUGAUGAAUCGCUUGACCUAUGCGCGAGAGUUUGCAUAACAGAUGAGAGCGAAAACGUGAUUUUUCACACGUACGUGAAGCCAACAUUGCCCAUAACGAAUUACAGGUACGAGACUACAGGAAUACGACCUGAGAAUAUAAGGGACGCGAUGCCAUUGAAACAAGCACAGAGAAAGAUUAAGGAGUUCUUUGUUAUGGAGAACCAAUGUGGAAGAUUCGUCCAAGAAGUGGAAAAGCGAGGAUUCUCGUGGGACAUGGACUUGAUAGCCAUCUUGACUGUCUUCAAAUUGAAUAUUCUUCUUCCAUGAUAAGGUAAAUAUACCUUUUACUACACAAUUUUUUUGGAUGGUAACGACAAUUUUCACUCAUACCACUGGUGCAGAUUAGUCCGGAUUUGAUUCAUAAUAUAUGAUCAUUAAUAAAUAGAAUAUGUAUGAUAAGACAUAUUAUGUUUAUUUGUAAAGAGAUACUGCGGAAUACCCUCCAUUGAUGAAAACAAGCAAGCUAAGCAACUCGCUCAAGUACUUAACCCAAGCCUAUCUGGGGUAAAUAUUCUUCUUCUUUUUUUG